AUGCAUGCAUUCCUCACAACGGCGUUGCUACAAUCACCGAGUAGAACACCGCUAUCACAUGUCGCGGAGGGAGGUCGCAUCGCACGAAUCGCCUACGUCAAACUGCUCUUGAGUCUCGAUUCAGUUAAUCCGGAUGCAAAAGAUAAUAAUGGAUGUGGUCACAGAUGGACGCUCUUGUUUUGGGCUAUUGAAAAAGAGGACGAGGAAAUUGUCCAACUUCUGCUGAAUAACGAAAGAAUCGACCCAGACUCGAAGUCGUCAGGACAAUAUUCCUGCAAUUCCGAACAGACGCUACUAUUGCGCACCGCAGUAACAGGCCAGAGUAUAAUAGUUAAAGUCCUUCUCGCCAAAGAACAUUUUGAUCUGACCGCAAAAGAUAGGCAUGGUCAAACACCGUUAUUCUUGGCUAUAGAGAACGGACAUACUAUAAUAGUAGAGCAAUUUCUUGCAAUCGAGGAUAUAGAUCCAAAUACUCAAAAUAAGAAGGGGGAGACAUCGCUAUUAGUAGCUGCUGAGAAGGGCCAUAGAGCAGUUAUAAGACUACUCUUGAAAGCAGAAGGCAUUAAACCAGAUUAUAAGAACUCAAAAGAACGUAUACCGCUCUCCUUAGCUAUAUAA